GAAGAAGAAUGUAUUUAGAGCGCACCAGACAGAUUUAAACUAGCCAUCUUGUAUGCGCAGUACUUAGAGACUACGUCUUUCUUUGCUAAUACAUUUUUCUCUCCUCUGCCCACCACAGGAAAUCAGUCCCAGUUUAACUGCGAGUACAUAUUUUGGGUUGUUUUUGUUUUUUUAAAAAAAGAAAUCCCCCGGAAAUGGCAGAAAACACCGAACAAAGCGAGGCAAAGAAUGAGAAAUCGUCAUCUGGCCUCACAGACCUUGAGAAAGAAAUGGCAGCUAGUGCAUAUGAAGCAUUUUUGGCUAGGAAGUAUGAUGAGUCCCUCAAACACCUUGAAGCCCUGCAGGAGCUCAACAAAGAGGAUGCAAAGAUCGCCAUGAAUAAAGCAGUUGUUGAGUUUUACAAAAGCGAUCAGACCACUGUGGGGACGUUAAAGCAGACCCUGAUGGCAAUGAAGAACCAGGUUCACACAUCAGGAGAGGAUGUUGAUGGUUUGGAUGAUGUUGAAUAUAGUGUUCUCUACUAUAAUCAAGCCAUCAUCCACUACUACAUGCGUCAGUACUCUGAGGCCAUCAGCAUAGGAGAGAAGCUCUACCAGUUUCUGGAACCAUUUGAAGAGAAGUUUGCUCAGGCUGUCUGCUUCUUGCUGGUGGAUCUCUACCUGCUCACCUUCCAGCCAGAAAAGUCCCUUCAUCUACUGGCUGUGAUGGACAAACUGUACGUACAGGGAAGCAACAAAAGCAGCAAAGGAGAGAACAACAGUUCAAACAAAGACGGAGUGAGCCAGAAGGCAGAGUCUGCGACCAUGAUUGAAGCAGCCAAAUCAAAAAUGCACCAGUACAAAGUGAGAGCCUACAUUCAGAUGAAAUCUUGCAAGGCCUGUAAAAGGGAGAUCAAAUCGGUGAUGAACACAGCGGGGAACUCGGCACCCUCACUCUUCCUCAAGAGUAAUUUUGAGUAUCUGAGAGGAAACUACCGGAAAGCAGUUAAGCUACUGAACAGCUCCAACAUUGCAGAGCAUCCUGGGCCCAUCAAAACAGGUGAAUGUGUUCGAUGUAUGUUCUGGAACAAUCUGGGCUGCAUUCACUUUGCCAUGGGGAAGCAUAACCUUGGCGUUUUCUACUUCAAGAAGGCACUGCAAGAGAAUGACCACAUCUGUGCACAGCUGGGAGAUGGCAGAAACACUCAAUAUAAAAAAUUUGCAGGUAUCCCCAUGUGUGCUUUACUAGCCAACAAGCGCUACGAGCUGCUGUAUAACUGUGGUAUUCAGCUGCUGCACAUCGGCAGGCCUCUGGCCGCAUUUGAGUGUCUGAUGGAAGCGGUGCAGGUUUAUCACUCAAACCCUCGACUGUGGCUGCGGCUCGCGGAGUGCUGCAUCUCUGCCAACAAAGGGGGGUUGGAGCAGGAGAGCAAAGGUUUGCCUUGUAAAAAAGGUAUAGUUCAGUCCAUCGUGGGACAGGGAUAUCAUCGCAAGAUUGUCCUGGCAUCCCAAUCUUCACAUAACACUAUCUACAGUGAGGGCCAGUCGGCAGCUAUCCCAGUAGCGAGUAUGGAGUUUGCAGCUAUCUGCCUGAGGAAUGCUCUGCUACUGCUACCUGAACACCAGCAACAAGACGCCAAGACAGAGAACAGCUCCAAGAGCUCCAGUCAGUCAGGAAGUAUUGAGAGCGGCAGUGAAAACAGUGACGCCUGCAGUGGGAAAGCUCAGGACGCCGAUAAGUUUUUGUCUGCCGCCCCGUCAUCUCCUCUCAGAAAACAGGAGGUAGAAAACCUCAGGUGCUCCAUCCUGGCCUGUAGUGCCUAUGUGGCGUUGGCUCUGGGGGACAACGUGAUGGCUCUAAACCAUGCAGAGAAACUGCUCCAUCAAACAAGGGUGUCUGGAUCCCUCAAGUUCCUUGGUCACAUCUAUGCGGCCGAAGCCCUCAUCUCAUUGGACAGGAUCUCUGAUGCCAUCGCUCAUCUCAACCCAGAGAACGUCAGCGAUGUGUCAGUGGGAGUACUGACCAGCGAGCAAGACCAAGGGUCUGACAAAGGAGACGAGCCAGUCGAGUCCUCAGGGAAGCAGACUCCCUUGUGUUACCCCAGCAGUGUGACGUCAGCCCGGGCCAUGAUUCUCUUCAAUUUGGGUAGUGCCUACUGCUUGAGGAGCGAGUACGACAAGGCCCGCAAAUGCUUGCAUCAGGCUGCGUCCAUGGUGAACACCAAGGAGAUUCCACCUGAAGCCAUCCUGCUGGGAGUGUAUCUAGAGCUACAGAACGGAAACACUCAGAGUGCGCUGCAGAUCAUCAAACGGAACCAGCUGCUCCCCAUGGUGGUCCAGAGGGUCUGAGGCGUCCGGCUGGCUUUUUAAUUGACCGAGGAAUUUGUGCGCUGUCUGAAUAAUGGAAAUAAAUUUUAUUUACUUAAGAA